AACGCCUUUCACCAUUAAGAGGAGAGCGAUGGAGGAGCUGAGCGCUGACGAGAUUCGGAGGAGACGCCUGGCACGACUCGCUGGUGGACAGACCUCCCAACCGACCACCCCACUCACCUCUCCCCAGAGGGAGAACCCUCCGGGACCUCCAAUACCUGCAUCAGCCCCAGGCCCCUCCCAGAGUCUUGGUCUCAAUGUCCACAACAUGACCCCAGCUACCUCCCCCAUAGGUACAGCAGGAGUUGCCCAUCGGAGCCAGAGCAGCGAAGGAGUCAGCUCUCUCAGCAGCUCGCCGUAUCAGUCCCUCUCCCGUUCCCAGAGCAUGGAUAUCGAUGGCGUCUCCUGUGAGAAAAGCAUGUCCCAGGUGGACGUGGAUUCGGGAAUUGAAAAUAUGGAAGUGGAUGAGAACGACCGAAGAGAGAAAAGGAGCCUGAGUGACAAGGAGCCUUCCUCAUGUCCUGAAGUGUCUGAAGAGCAGGCCUUACAGCUGGUCUGUAAGAUCUUCCGAGUCUCCUGGAAGGACCGGGACAGAGACGUCAUCUUCCUUUCUUCUCUUUCUGCGCAGUUUAAACAGAACCCAAAAGAAGUGUUCUCUGAUUUCAAGGAUCUGAUUGGUCAGAUUCUGAUGGAAGUGCUGAUGAUGUCCACUCAGACUCGAGAUGAAAACCCAUUCGCCAGUCUGACAGCCACAUCCCAGCCUAUUGCCACGGCAGCUCGGUCACCUGACAGAAGCCUGGCGCUGAACACUGGCUCCAGUUCAGGAACAAGCCCCAUGUUCUGCAACUUGGGCUCCUUCAGUGCCGGCUCGUUGUCUAGCCUCUAUGAAACUAGCCCUGCUCCUUCUGCCAGUUUCUGGAGCUUUGUGCCCGUGCUGAGUCCAUCCUUUGCCUCACCUUCCCACGCAGCUCCCCAGGGGGCUGUGCCCUCAGCCCCCAGCCCUCCCAGUGCAGCCCCACAGCGGGUUGUGCCUUCCAUAUCCCUGAGCCCUCACAGCGCAGCAGCCCCACAGCAGGCUGUGCCCUCAGCCCUCAGUUCUCACAGCGCAACACUCCAGGGGGCUGUGCCCUCAGCCCUCAGCCCUCAGAGUGCAGCCCCUCAGGGGGCUGUGCCUUCCACACCAGCCCUCACAGCGCAGCCCCUCAGCCCUCACAGUGCAGCCCCUCAGCAGGCUGUGCCCUCAGCCCUCAGCCCUCAUAGCGCUGCCCCUCAGGUGAUUGUACCUUCCACAUCCCUCAGCCCUCACAGUGCAGCUUCUGGAACUGCGGCUGGAAGCCAACCCUCAUCCCCAAGGUACCGGCCCUACACUGUCACGCACCCAUGGGGGUCUUCACCUUGCCCCACGCCACGAUCCUCCAUUCUGGCUAACUCCCCAGGCUUUCCUGCCCGCCCAAGUAGUCCCCGAGCAGUACCUGCCAGCUCCUCCAGACAGAGGCCCCGCAGCAGGGGCCCCGCCUUCCCACCCGCCUCGCCCAGUGCUGCCAGCAGACGUCCCUCCUCCCUGCGGAUCUCUCCUAGUUUGGGAGCCUCUGGUGGAGCAAGUAACUGGGAUUCAUACAGUGAUCAUUUCACCAUUGAAACCUGCAAGGAGACAGACAUGCUGAACUACCUCAUCGAGUGUUUUGACCGAGUUGGAAUAGAGGAAAAAAAAGCACCAAAGAUGUGCAGCCAGCCAGCCGUCAGCCAGCUUCUGAGCAACAUCCGCUCACAGUGCAUCUCCCACACGGCACUAGUGCUGCAAGGCUCCCUCACACAGCCCAGGUCCUUGCAGCAGCCAUCCUUUCUUGUGCCGUACAUGCUGUGCAGGAAUCUCCCGUACGGCUUCCUUCAAGAGCUGGUGCGGACCACUCACCAGGAUGAAGAGGUGUUCAAGCAGAUCUUUAUCCCUAUUUUACAAGGCCUGGCUCUUGCUGCCAAAGAGUGCUCCCUCGAUAGUGACUACUUUAAAUAUCCCCUCAUGGCACUAGGUGAACUCUGUGAAACCAAGUUUGGGAAGACACACCCUGUGUGCAGUUUGGUCGCCUCUUUGCCCCUGUGGCUGCCGAAGUCCUUAAGCCCUGGUUCCGGGCGGGAGCUGCAGAGACUGUCCUACUUAGGGGCCUUCUUCAGCUUCUCGGUCUUUGCGGAGGAUGAUGCAAAGGUGGUUGAGAAAUACUUCUCAGGGCCCACCAUUACCCUGGAGAACACCCGUGUCGUCAGCCAGUCACUACAGCAUUACCUGGAGCUGGGACGGCAAGAGCUUUUCAAGAUUCUACAUAGUAUUUUGUUAAACGGUGAAACUCGUGAAGCAGCUCUCAGUUACAUGGCGGCCAUCGUCAAUGCCAAUAUGAAGAAGGCCCAAAUGCAGGCGGAUGAUCGGUUGGUGUCUACAGAUGGCUUUAUGCUGAACCUCCUUUGGGUCCUGCAGCAGCUAAGUACAAAAAUCAAGUUAGAAACAGUGGACCCCACUUACAUAUUCCACCCGAAAUGUCGGAUUACUCUCCCGAACGAUGAGACGAGAAUAAAUGCAACGAUGGAGGAUGUGAACGAGUGGCUGGCUGAGCUCUAUGGAGAUCAGCCUCCGUUUUCUGAGCCAAAAUUUCCUACGGAGUGUUUCUUUCUGACCCUGCACGCUCACCACCUCUCUAUUCUGCCUAGCUGUCGUCGCUACAUCCGCAGACUGCGAGCCAUCCGAGAGCUCAAUAGAACCGUGGAAGAUUUGAAAAACAAUGAAAGCCAGUGGAAAGAUUCCCCACUGGCCACCAGACACCGAGAAAUGCUGAAGCGCUGUAAGACUCAGCUUAAGAAACUGGUACGGUGCAAGGCCUGUGCUGACGCUGGCUUACUUGACGAGAGCUUCCUGAGAAGAUGUCUGAAUUUUUAUGGCCUUCUCAUUCAGCUGAUGCUGCGCACCCUGGACCCUGCCUAUCCCGACAUAACACUGCCUUUAAAUUCAGAUGUCCCCAAGGCAUUUGCAGCAUUGCCUGAGUUUUAUGUAGAAGAUGUUGCUGAAUUUUUAUUUUUUAUUGUACAAUAUUCUCCUCAGGUGCUUUAUGAGCCCUGUACUCAGGACAUUGUUGUGUUCCUCGUUGUGAUGCUGUGCAACCAGAACUACAUCCGAAACCCAUACCUAGUGGCCAAGCUGGUGGAGGUCAUGUUCAUGACCAAUCCCUCUGUCCAGCCUCGGACUCAGAAGUUUUUUGAGAUGAUUGAGAACCAUCCUCUCUCUACCAAAUUGCUGGUACCUUCCCUCAUGAAGUUCUAUACAGAUGUCGAGCACACUGGAGCCACCAGUGAGUUCUAUGAUAAGUUCACCAUUCGUUAUCACAUCAGCACUAUUUUUAAGAGCCUUUGGCAAAACAUUGCUCACCAUGGCACUUUCAUGGAGGAGUUCAAUUCCGGGAAGCAGUUCGUUCGCUAUAUCAAUAUGCUGAUAAAUGACACGACCUUCUUGCUGGAUGAAAGUCUGGAGUCACUGAAGCGGAUCCAUGAGGUGCAAGAGGAGAUGAAGAACAAAGAGCAGUGGGACCAGCUGCCUCGGGAUCAGCAGCAGGCCCGGCAGUCUCAGCUUGCUCAGGAUGAGCGUGUUUCACGUUCUUAUCUCGCCCUGGCGACUGAAACCGUUGACAUGUUCCAUCUCCUCACCAAGCAAGUCCAGAAGCCGUUCCUCAGGCCAGAACUUGGACCCCGAUUAGCAGCCAUGCUGAACUUUAACCUGCAGCAGCUGUGUGGACCCAAGUGCCGGGACCUGAAGGUAGAAAACCCAGAGAAGUACGGUUUUGAGCCAAAGAAGCUGUUGGACCAACUAACAGAUAUUUACUUGCAGCUGGACUGUGCUCGCUUCGCUAAAGCCAUUGCUGAUGACCAGAGAUCCUACAGCAAGGAACUGUUUGAAGAAGUCAUUUCAAAGAUGCGGAAGGCAGGGAUCAAAUCCACCAUUGCAAUAGAGAAGUUUAAGCUUCUUGCUGAGAAAGUGGAGGAGAUAGUGGCCAAGAAUGCACGGGCAGAAAUUGACUACAGCGAUGCCCCGGAUGAGUUUAGAGACCCUCUGAUGGACACCCUGAUGACUGACCCAGUGAGACUGCCCUCUGGCACCAUAAUGGACCGAUCCAUCAUCCUGCGGCAUCUGCUCAACUCCCCCACUGACCCCUUCAACCGCCAGAUGUUGACUGAGAACAUGCUGGAACCAGUGCCAGAGCUGAAGGAACAGAUUCAAGCAUGGAUGAGAGAGAAGCAGAGCAGCGACCACUAAGCUGUCCCUGUCGCAUGUCUCUGCUAGAAACAGCCACGCCAGCCACGCCAGCCAGCCAGCCAGCCAGCCAGCCAGGCCGAAGCA